AUGAAGGAAUUAUCACAAGAGAAUGAACAAAAAGUUCUUCAAUUAUUAGCUGAUGUUUUGAUGAAUCCAGAAUAUGCCAAGGAUGUAUCGGAAUGUUUUCCACAAUUAUUACUAAUUUUAUUAAGUAUGUCAAUAAAUACAGAUCAAAAAUUAGAUAAUUGUACUGCUGAUAUCGAAUUGGUACAUAGAUUGAAUUGUGUCAUCAUUGGAAAAUUAAUUUUAUUACAUCCGGAUGUAUUAAGGCUAGCGACAAAAUGUGUUGGUAUUGUCUUAGAAAUGACAGAAUCCAUACGAUUAGAGUGUGCAAAGACUUUGAUUAAUGAUAUUGACAAGUUUCUUACCAAUACAGAAGACAAUGAUACGAGUACAGUUCUACAAUUUAACAUUUCUUCAAAUAAAACCGAAGAGAUAGCUAAAAAUGUUUCGACUGUCGUUCCAGUUGCUAAUGUUUUGCUCCCAAUUUUCAAUAACAGAGUGGAAAAUUUUAAAUCUGACUUAGUUCCUGUGCCAUCUAUGAAUGAAAAUCUACGAAGUUUGGCACUCGCCGUUGCAUCGAGAAAAUGCAUUUGCUUGCAAGGAGUCGUCGGAUGUGGUAAAACGGCUAUUAUAGAAUAUUUAGCAAAGAUAACUGGUCAUGGGUCAUCGGAUUUUAUAAAAGUACAACUAGGAGAUCAAACAGAUUCUAAAAUGCUUCUGGGAAGCUAUAGAUGCACAGAUAUACCAGGAGAGUUUAUAUGGCAGCCUGGAGUAUUGACGCAAGCAGUAAUCGCUGGAAAAUGGUUACUUCUGGAAGACAUCGAUAGUGCAGCGUUAGACGUUGCGAGCAUUCUAAGUAACUUGAUGGAAACUAGUACUUUGUCGGUGCCAGGCUAUCGAGAUACCAUUCAUGUUAAAAGUGGAUUUCAAUUGUUCGUUACCCAACGAUUAAUACCUACGUUAUCUGGUUUUCAUCUUCAGGCAUCAGGAGCAACGAGCUUAUUAGCAAAGCAUUGGUUAUGCGUUAAUAUGGAACCACUGUCUAAAGACGAAUUAGUAUUUAUCGUUAAAACGCUAUUCCCAAUACUAAGUACAAUCGCUACAAGGAUGGUGGAUGUUUUCUUAUUGUUUUCAAUUGGAAGUUCUUCGUCCGAUGACAGUAUCAAAAGUAGUAUGACAUUGAAGACUGGAAGAUUAAUUUCAACAAGAGAUCUAAUAAAGUGGUGCUCGAGAGCUACAUUAAAUUUUGUCGUUUCAUCACCAGAAUCGGCUUUAAAAUUAUUCCAAGAUGCAAUUGACAUAUUUUGUUGUUCCAUAUCAAAUCAAGAUGAAAGAUUGGUAUUCGCAAUAGUAAUUGGUAAUAAAUUAGGGAUUAUUAAGACGAAAGCCGAAUAUUUUUUUCGCACCUACAAACCAGCAAUUACAAUAUCAUCCGAAUACUUUAUUAGUGGGCGUAGCAAAUUGCAGAUAAUGAAGUCGUCUAUAACAAUGAUUGAGAAAGCCCCGGUUAAAUUUUCCUUCACUCGACUCUCGGCGUGCUUGUUGGAACGCAUCACUAGCUGCGUAGCACAAAAUGAGCCAGUUCUGCUUGUUGGCGAAACUGGCACGGGAAAAACCAGUUCGAUUCAAUAUUUGGCUCGGAUUACCGGCCAUAAAUUAAUAGUAAUUAAUAUGAAUCAGCAGAGCGAAAGCGCGGAUCUUCUCGGUGGCUAUAAGCCAGUUGACUUGAAGUUUCUGAUCUUCCCAAUAAGGGAAGAGUUCGAGAUUUUAUUUCGCUCGUACUUUGCCGUAGAGCCGAACAGAGAAUUCUUAAAUCACAUCGGUACGUGCUUUAAAAAAAGUAAAUGGAAAAUACUAAUUGGCCUAAUGACUACUAGUACCAACGCGGCCGUCAAAAGAUUAAGAUCGAAAAUAGCGAGUGAAAAUAAGGAGAAGACGGACAACUCGGACGUAACUAAAAACAAAGACAUUUUAAGAGAGUGGGAAAGACUUUCUGUUAAAUUAGAUAAGCUGACAUCCCAAGUUAAAUCUCAAUUGACUUUAGCAUUUGCAUUUAUCGAGGGAAGUCUCAUAAAAGCGUUGAAGGAAGGCCACUGGGUGCUUCUUGACGAAAUUAACUUAGCCAAUGCCGAAACCCUCGAGUGCUUGUCCGGCUUACUCGAGGGCUCCUCCGGCUCCUUGUCUCUACUCGAAAGGGGCGACACGGAGUCUGUGAAACGACAUCCCGACUUCACUAUAUUUGCAUGCAUGAAUCCAGCCACGGACGUAGGGAAGAAGGAGCUGCCGGUCGGCUUGAGGAACAGAUUUACCGAAUUUUACAUCGACGAGGUCACGGAAAAACAUGAUCUGCAACUUCUGGUCGGCUCUUAUUUGAGCGAGUUGAAUUUACCGGUAGAAAUGCAAAAUGCGAUAGUGAAGUUUUACUUGAAGGUGCGGCAAGAGGCUGCGUGGAGUCUUUGCGACGGGACGGCUAAGAAGCCACAUUACAGCUUGAGAACAUUGUGCAGGGCUUUGAGCAUCGCUGCCACCAAUCCAUGCGUCGUUGUUUUGCGAUCUCUGUACGAGGCCUUCUGCUUGAGUUUCCUCACUCAAUUGAAUUACAAGUCCUACCCGAUUGUCCAGAGAAUGAUCGUGGAGGCGAUUUUGGAUAAAAAAGCGGCUAAGGCCAUAUUGGGUGCGCCGAUUCCGAAGCCAAGGUGCUCGUCGACCGAAGAGUACGUGGAGUUCGAGGGCUACUGGGUCGUAAAAGGCACCGCCGAGAUCAAAGUAUCGCAAAACUACAUUCUCACCGAUACGGUCAGACGUAAUUUGCGAGAUGUCGUGCGAGUCGUCGCAAUCGGCAAGAUGCCUCUCCUGCUGCAGGGUGAGACAUCCGUCGGUAAAACAAGUUUGAUCACCUAUCUCGCCAAGGCCUCGGGCCACGUUUGCGUAAGGAUCAACAAUCACGAGCACACAGACCUGCAGGAGUACGUGGGGAGUUACGUGGCCAACGAGUCGGGGAAACUCGUGUUCAAGGAGGGUAUCCUCGUCGAGGCCAUGCGCAAGGGCCACUGGAUCAUUUUGGACGAACUCAAUUUGGCCCCGAGCGACGUGCUCGAGGCCUUGAACAGAGUUCUCGAUGACAACAGAGAGCUUUUUAUCCCGGAGACUCAAACGACUGUCAAGGCUCACGAGAACUUUAUGCUCUUCGCUACUCAGAAUCCACCAGGAAUCUACGGGGGCCGUAAAGUACUGUCCCGAGCCUUUAGAAAUCGUUUCGUCGAGCUGCACUUCGACGAGAUUCCAGCCACGGAGCUUACGCACAUUCUGCACAAGCGUUGCAGCAUGCCGUUGUCGUACUGCAAGCAAAUCAUUGCGGCAAUGACGGAUUUGCAAAUGCGUCGUAAGAACACGGCGGCCUUUGCCGGCAAGCAGGGCUUCAUCACUUUGCGCGAUCUGUUCCGAUGGGGUGAGAGAUACAGGCUGGCGCCCGACCCUGGCAGCAAAUUUUACGACUGGAGUCAACAUCUAGCGGAUGAGGGAUACCUCGUGUUAGCGGCGAAGGUGCGCAGACCCGAGGAAGCCGAGGAAAUCAGGGAAGUCAUAAAGAAGCAUUUGAAGCGCAGUGUGAAUCCACGGAAUUUAUUUACUUUAAGCGAGAAUACGUCUUCCGUAACGAGAUCGAUUUUGGAAGGGAUCGAAAGGAAGGAUGAUUCGUCCUUUAAGCACGUCGUUUGGACGUAUCACAUGAGAAGAAUGGCUGUCCUCGUAAGUAAGUCCUACGAAUUCAAGGAGCCGGUGUUACUCGUCGGCGAUACCGGAGGGGGUAAAACGACGAUCUGUCAAUUGAUCGCCCAAUCAAGGUCAAGAAAAUUAUACGCGGUUAAUUGUCACAUGCACACGGAGUCAUCGGAUUUCUUGGGAAAUUUAAGGCCGGCGAGGAACUACGACGAGAAAAAUAAUCAGAGGCUGUUCGAGUGGGUCGACGGCCCGUUGAUAAAGGCGAUGCGCAGCGGCGACUUUUUCCUCGCCGAUGAGAUUUCAUUGGCCGACGACAGCGUUUUGGAGAGGCUAAACUCAUUGCUGGAGCCCGAGAGGAAGCUGCUGUUGUCGGAGAAGGGCAUUGACGUCGGCGACGACUCCAAACAAAUGGAUUACACUAUUGUCGCUAACGAGGAUUUCUUCUUUAUCGGGACCAUGAAUCCCGGCGGAGAUUACGGGAAGAAAGAAUUGUCGCCCGCUCUGAGGAAUCGUUUCACGGAGAUUUGGUGCGACGGAUGUACGGAGCGGAAGGACUUGCAGUCCAUUAUCGAGCACAAUUUCAGUGCGGAGAUUGGAGAUCGCGCUGGGAGUGAAAUGUCAGAGAGUAUGUUAAAUUUCAUCGAUUGGCUUUCAACGUCGGACAUUGGCAAAAAAUUCACCAUCAGUAUAAGAGACAUUUUGAGUUGGGUCAAUUUCAUAAACAUAUGCAUAGAGAAAAAGGAAAAAGCGUAUAAAUUAAAUCUCGGAGAUGCUUAUUACCAUGGAGCGAGCUUAACGUAUACCGACGCUUUAGGAUCCGGCUUAACAAGCAGCGAAAGCAUUGAGAAGAUUAAUAUAUUUAAAGCCAAUGCGACUGCCAUGUUAAAAGCUCAAACGGACCGUCUGAAUGCGCUUUCCUUUACCGGCGAUCCAAUGGACGUGGAGGCCGAAGCAACAACAAUUUCCAGCCAAUUUUUCGGCAUCUCACCCUUUUUCAUCCCAAGGGGCCCCGAUAGUCAAGACGAGGCCAGCCUGUCGUUCACAUUCCGCGCGCCAACGACUGAACGCAACACACUCAAGCUUCUGCGUGCCCUGCAACUACGGAAGCCCGUUCUAUUGGAGGGCAGUCCUGGAGUCGGGAAAACGAGCCUCGUCUCGGCGCUCGCGAAGGCAUCCGGUCACACGUGUUUGCGCAUCAAUCUGAGCGACCAAACGGACGUGUCGGAUCUCUUUGGUGCCGACUUGCCAGUCGAAGGUGGCAGAGGUGGUGAGUUCGCUUGGCGCGACGGUCCCUUCCUCCACGCUUUGAGGGCUGGACAUUGGAUUCUCCUGGACGAGCUCAAUCUCGCCUCGCAGUCGGUCCUCGAGGGCCUAAACGCUUGCUUCGAUCACCGAGGAGAAGUUUACAUUCCCGAAUUAGAUAAAAGCUUUAUCGUGAAACCCGAAACGAAGCUGUUCGCCUGCCAGAAUCCAGUGAAACAGGGCGGAGCGAGACGUGGUUUACCAAAGUCCUUCUUGAACAGAUUCACACAGGUGUUUGUGGAUGCAUUGGCCGAUGAGGAUUUAAAGUUUAUAGUCGCCAUGCAAUAUCCAGUUAUAGAAAAGCAGCUCGUCGAUAAAAUCAUCCUAUUCAAUUCGAGGGUGUCCAGUGAAGCGGGAGUUACUUGGGGCUUUUAUGGGGCGCCAUGGGAAAUGAAUUUGAGAGAUGUUUGUAGAUGGUGCGAGGCUACGAUUAUGGCAGCUAAAACGGAUAUGACUGGGAAAAUUGUUUAUAAUCCGGGAGCUGCGGUGGAGCUCGUUUACGCGAAUAGAAUGAGAACCAAAGAGGAUAAGCUUAAGGUAUAG